CGAGUUGCGUCACUUCGCCUCAACUUUAGGCUAGAAAUCAAGAGAGGGAGAGACAAGUUUCAAGGGAGGCAGGAGCGAGCUGGAAAGCCCUGUCUCCUCCCACCCACCUACCCUGUCUUCCUCCCACCCACCUACCCCUCCUCCUUUACCCCUCUCCUUUCCCCACCCCUUCCCCCCCCUCCAAAAAAGAAAAAAAAAAAAAGGAGAAAAAAAAGAAAAAAGAAAAAAAAAAAACCUUUCCCAUCAGAGAAAGAGGGAGAUCUCUUUGGAAACAUGGAGCUGCUGUGCUGCGAGGUGGAUCCCAUGAGGAGAGCUCUGCCCGACCCGAACUUGCUCUACGAUGACCGCGUUUUGCACAACUUACUAACCAUAGAGGAGAGGUAUCUGCCCCAGUGCUCCUACUUCAAGUGCGUCCAGAAGGACAUCCAGCCCUUCAUGAGGAGGAUGGUGGCCACUUGGAUGCUGGAGGUCUGCGAAGAGCAGAAGUGCGAAGAAGAAGUUUUCCCUCUGGCCAUGAAUUACUUGGACAGAUUCUUAGCUGUGGUGCCCACUCGGAAGUGCCAUCUGCAGCUGCUGGGGGCAGUGUGCAUGUUCCUGGCCUCCAAGCUGAAAGAGACAAUCCCCCUCACAGCCGAGAAGCUGUGCAUAUACACGGACAAUUCCAUCAAACCCCAAGAGCUGCUGGAAUGGGAGCUGGUGGUGCUGGGGAAGUUGAAGUGGAACCUUGCAGCCGUCACCCCCCACGAUUUCAUCGAGCACAUCCUACGGAAGGUGCCUCUCCCUAAAGACAAGUUGCUUUUGAUCCGGAAGCAUGCACAGACCUUCAUCGCCCUUUGUGCCACAGAUUUUAACUUUGCCAUGUACCCACCGUCAAUGAUAGCAACUGGAAGUGUGGGAGCAGCCAUCUGUGGCCUUCAGCUCGAUGAUGGGGACAGCCUCACGGACCUCCUGGCCAAGAUCACCAACACAGAUGUGGACUGCCUUAAAGCUUGUCAGGAACAGAUCGAGGCGGUGCUCGUGAACAGCCUUCAGCAAGUCCAGCAGCAGCAGCAGCAAAGCAAUCCUUCCAAGACGGUGGAUGAACUGGACCAGGCCAGCACUCCCACAGAUGUGAGGGAUAUCAACCUGUGAGGACAUCACCACACAAAGUCACGCUUGCUCCUCCCAGUCCAGUUUAUUUUUGUUAUUAUUUUUAGAGUGAAAAAAAAAUUAUUAUUUUUUUUCUUAAUCUGCUCCCACAUAGAACAUAUUUAAACCUCUUUUAGGUUAAAAAAAAAAAAAAAAGGAAAAAAAGAAAACACAAAGAAACAACAACAACAAAAAAAGACAAAACAAAAACUGAAUAAUGAAAAAAAAAAAAGCAUUUGGUGCCUGUGAUGUUCUACAGAAGGGAAUCCCACAAUAUAUUUGGUAAUUGCUAUUUGAUUAUGUAUCAGUGAUAUUAAAUGCUUAUAAAAGCAUACAAAGUAGCUAGAUGGAUGUAAGCCUGCAUUUGUGGGAACAAAGUAGAGUAUACUUGUCUGUGUAUUAUGACCUAGUGCAUACACCCCUUUUUUAGAUUUAAGAAAGGAAUCGUGUGUGCGAUUUUAUGGCUUGACUAGAUUGCAAAGCAAUAGAAUAAGGGGUUUAGGGCAAAGUGGGAAAAGAUCCCUGAAGCAAUUGAACCAUUUUGAAUGCAGAAGAGAUUUGCUGAUCUGUCACCUCUGUUAUUAGUCAGAAGUGUUUGUUGGAUCUCUGUAUGUUAGUUUUGUUUACUCUUGCUGUCUGUGGUAGCUGCUACCUAAGAAAGAAGAUGCUUUAUUUUACCAGCCAGAAGAGCAGGUGUUUUUUUGGUUUUUAAUUUUUAGUUGAUUUAUUUUUUCUUUAAAAAAAAAAAAAAAUUUUUUUUCCAACUUCCCCUCUCCCCUCUUGACUUUUUUCUACUUUUCCUUCCGAAAUGGUUCAUUCUAAACACAGCAGCAUCUUUGGCAUAAGGGCAAUUCCAUUUACCCAGCUGUGGGCCAAGCCAAAGUUACCCAAGUGUCCACGUUCAGUGGGGGAAAAUGCAUGCAUUAAUCCUGACUGGUUGGCUCUGAUCAGACCACCUCCAACCUCUGGAUUGCAAGAUGUGGUGGAUCAUCCACGAAAAGCAGUAUAUUCCUUCCCAGUGCUAAUGCUCCACGUCAAUGUUAACUUCUGGCAGCUUCUUAGCUUGGCCAUAAAGACAUUUAAAUGAUGCUCUGUCCAUCUUCCUUUUCUGACAUAAACCUCACUGUGUUAAAGAAGAUGAGAUUUGGUUUGAUCCCUCGUCUGCCUUCCCAUCCUCCCCCACCGCCCCCACACACGUUUUCAGCAUUUCAUUAACUUUGCUGAUCCACAGUGAGCGUUUUUUGUAAACCAUUUCAUUCGAAAAGCACUUUGAAAAUUGUUCCUAAGGGAUUAAAUGAGAUGGUUUAUGACAGUUUUGCCGAGGAGGAAAAAUAAAACAAC